UGUGAGGAUCUGGGAAUGGCAGACAAAGCACACGAGGAGCUGCAAGGAACCUGUGCAGGUGGCCUCACCGAGGGCAGCUCAACCCACCUCUCAUGAUGAGAGCUGCAGUGAGGCCAGUGCAGAGGAGAAACGAGAGAAGGGUGCAGUCACAGAUGUGGAAAGCAGCUGUGGGACACGAUGUGUCAGUGAAAGUGGAGGCUCAGGGAGACGACUGGGACACGGACCCUGAUUUCGUGAACGACAUCAGCGAGCGGGAGCAGCGCUGGGGAUCCAAAUCCAUCCAGGGCUCCGGCCGUGCCGGGCACAUCGACAUCCAUCAGCUGAGGAACAAGGUAUCAGAGGAACAUGAGGUCAUCAAGAAGAAGGAGCUGGAAACCGGCCCCAAGGCAUCCUAUGGCUAUGGGGGCAAAUUUGGAACAGAGCGAGACCGAAUGGAUAAGUGUGCAGUAGGACACGGAUACAUUGCUGAUGUUAAGAAGCACUCCUCCCAGACAGAUGCAGCCCAGGGCUUUGGCGGCAAGUUUGGAGUCCAGCGGGACCGAGCUGACAAGUCUGCACUGGGCUUUGAAUACAAGGGUGAGGUGGAGAAACACUCAUCCCAGAAAGAUUAUUCCAAGGGCUUUGGUGGCCGUUACGGAGUGGAAAGGGAUAAGGUGGACAAAGCAGCUCUGGGAUUUGACUACAAGAGCCAGGCAGAGAAGCACGAGUCUCAGAAAGACUAUUCCAUGGGCUUUGGUGGGAAGUUUGGGGUCCAGAGGGAUCGUCAAGACAAGAGCGCCCUUGGCUGGGACCAUCAGGAAGAAGUGCAAGCCCACGCAUCCCAGAGAGACUAUGCCAAGGGGUUUGGAGGUCGUUUUGGUGUCCAGAAGGAUAGAGUGGAUAAGAGUGCUGCUGGCUUUGAUGAGAUGGCAGCUCCCACCUCCUCCUAUGAGAAAACAAGACCCCUGGAGGCAGGAGCUUCCAGUGGCACCAGCAGCCUGCGGUCACGGUUUGAACACAUGGCCAAGUCAGCAGAGGAAGAGAGCAGAGGGCAGGCCCGGCAGCAGCAGGAAAUCCCUCCGAGAGAGAAGGAGCACACUGGGGCAGCCCCUCCAGCCGUGCCAGCAAGGGAAGCCAGGAGCACUGCUGGGGACCAGCCCGUGUCACCAGGAGAACAGGAGGCCAAAAGGGAGGAUGAAGAAGUACCACCCUCUUUGCCACCAAGGCCAGCAGAUCUGGAUGCAGACCAGUGCAAGGUCCCCAGCCAGGGUCAGCCCACCUACAGCAUAAGUCUGGAUGUUGAUGGAGGCUAUGAGGAGCUGCCAGAAUCCUCUGACUACUGUGACAUUACCAGUGGAGGUGCUGACUAUGAGGAGCUGCCAGCCCCACUGGGAAAGCUGGAUGCUACCUAUGACUUUGGAGGAGAUGGAGGUGAAGACUAUGAGGUGAUCCUUCCUCAGGAGCCCAGACAGAGCCAGCCCCAGCUGGGCUGGGCUUCCCCAUCCCUGGAAGUGUCCAAGACCAGGCUGGAUGGGGCUUGAAGCCACCUGGUCUAGCAGAAGAUGUCUCUGCCCAUGGCAGGAGGUGGAACUGGAGGAGCUUUAAGGUUCCUCUCAACACAAAUCAAUCUGACACUUUGUGGUUCUAGCACCACCUUUUAAACUCUCCAUGGGCACUCUUCUGUAGGAUCUUCUCCUAAGUCCCACUGUUGGAGAGAGGAAAAGGAUGCCCUGAGCACAGUCAGCAGUUGUCUCGUGUUACUGGGGAGAGGUGAUGGCUACAGACUCUCCUCACAACUGCAUGGUGACCAGAGAGACAACUUGGACAAGCUGGAACAGGAGAUAUCCUCACUGGAUCUCAGGGAAAAACCCUUUUGGGCACUGGAUAAAGGCCCUGAGAGAGCCUGGACUCUGACCUUGGAGAUUCUGAGCACUCACCUGGCCACAGAUGAGCACACUCACAGCCUGAGCCACCUCUGCUCCAGGGCCUGCUCAGAGCAUGGCUUCGACCAGCAGACCCUGUCCACCAGCACAAGUCUAAUGCUGGAAUGAAACCCUCACCAGGCUUUCCAAAAAGAGUAUUUCAGGGGUUUCUCCCAAAGACUUCCUCAGGAUUCCUUCAGGAAUUUUCAAAUUCCUUCAGGAUUUUUUUAUUUUUUAAAAAUUUAUUUAAAAUUAUUUUUAGCUAAAUUGUCAGGGCCACCUGUUACCAGAACCAGGCAAGGAAUAAGAAUAAGCUAAAUUUGGCAUUUCCACUUUGGCCUAUCCAAGACAGGACAACAGCCUGUCACAUCACAUCUUGUGGGAGAGGUUGUAGAUUCCUGCCAGACUCCUCUCCCAACACCUGACAAGGAGAUUUUUGUCUGAAGAAAACUGUACUGUUUCAAGCUUUUUUCCCAGUGUAAUUUGUACUUGUUUUUAAGAAGACUGGGAAAGAAGGGUUGCAAUGUUAUGGUCUAACCAAUGACUGGAUUUACAUGUAUUUGUAGUGUGCUGAUGUUUGCAGAAGCCCAAACACUGCACUCACAACACAUGAAGUGAGUGACCUGUUACCCUGAGGUCCAACACCUGCAGCAGCCUGGAACUGGAAAGUGUUCUCCCAGCCACUUGUGCUGAGCCCUGGGGUCUUCCUGGCCACCUUGUGCUCAGAAAGCACCAAGGAAAGGCUCUCCUGUCACCACUGGGAAGCACCUUUGCCUCCCAGUUGCUCAUGGUCCUUCCUGGGCAGUUGUGGCACCUGCUGCCUCUCUCCUUCUUGCCUCAGCUCUGUCCCCAGCUGCAAGAGCCAGCCCUGAGGUCUCCAGUUCAGGUGUGGGCACCAGCUCUGCCCCUGAGGCCAAUUAGUGCACUUCCAGCAGGAGGCUGAAGCUGGAGAGAGAAGUUCCUGUGUUCCCAGUUUGCCCACUUGGUCCCAUUCCCCACAGACUCCCAUCUGUGAGGAACAGGCUACAGGAGCUCCAGUGCCAAUU